CACACACACACACACACACACACACACACACACACACACACACACACACGUGGAUCACGUCAAGCUUUUAGCCAAGCCUUCUCAGCUCUUACGCGCAGACACACCCUCACACACGUCGCUCGCCCCCACACCUCCCCUCCUGUCUCGCAGUCAGUGUGCAGCGGCAGCAGCGGAGGGUGGAGGACGCGCCGAACGCUGUCACGGAGGCUUCUGGCGCACAGCCGAGCCGUCAUGAGCCGCUCAGCGGAAGUGGACGCCGCUGCGGAGGAGGAGGAGGCUGAAUAGAAGAGAGAGAGAGAGACUGUGUUCUAAUUAAAUGUCUCACGCUCUCCGUGUGCAUCAUGCUGUAUUUCCAGCUGGUGAUCAUGGCCGGGACCGUCAUGUUGGCCUACUACUUCGAAUACACCGACACCUUCACCGUGCACGUGCAGGGCUUCUUCUGCUACGACACCACGUACACCAAACCGUACCUGGGGCCGGAGGACAGCAGCGCCGUCCCACCCGUGCUGCUGUACGCCGCGGUGGCCGGGCUGCCCACGCUGCUGAUCACAGUGACAGAGACUGUGCUGUUUCUGGUCCAGUACACGUCCAAAGAGUUUGACCGUUUAGAGAAGACGGUGGCCACCGGAGACUGCUGUUACCUCAACCCGCUGGUACGCAGGACAUUCCGCUUCCUCGGAGUCUACACCUUUGGCCUCUUCACUGUUGACAUCUUUGUCAACGCAGGGCAGGUAGUGACAGGAAACCUGGCACCGUACUUCCUGACUGUCUGUAAGCCAAACUACACAGCACUGGGUUGCCAGCAGGCCCUGCGCUACAUCAGCCACCAGGAGGCCUGCACAGGAAACCAGGACGACAUCCUACGUGCCCGCAAGACUUUCCCGUCCAAAGAGGCUGCGCUUAGCGUCUAUGCUGCACUCUACCUAGCUAUGUAUGUGACGUGUACCGUGCAGGCAAAAGGCACUCGUCUGGCUAAGCCAGUGUUGUCUCUCGGGCUAAUGUGUCUGGCCUUCCUCACUGGUUUGAACCGUGUGGCUGAAUACCGCAACCACUGGUCAGAUGUCAUCGCUGGCUUUAUCAUUGGCACUGCCAUUGCCACUUUCCUGGUGGUGUGUGUGGUCCAUAACUUCAAAGGGAAGUUACUACUGAGCGAGGAGUCACUAGUGGAGCAGCGGCCCAAUAUAGCCAUGUUAAACAUAGGCCAAGGGGAGAGUCCGCUGGAGAAGUACAUCACCUCACAGAAUCACAUCGCCUUCGCUGAGGUCACAUGAUGUGGAAUCGGCUGUGUGGCAGACCCACUGGACGUCCACACUCUUCACCGUCCAAUCCAAUUAUUAAGAGUGCAGCGCUAAACCCAUUCUUAGUGUGUGUCUGGUCUGUGGUAUGUUGUUCUUUGUUGUCUUUAUCAGGCCCCUGUUUUCACUCGCAAUUUCUUGUACUCAAAGAAAAAAGGUUUCUUCUGCUUCCAUCUAUGCACUUAUUCUGAAUCGUUGUUGGACUCCCAAAUGAAGCCAAGCAGACUGGGAGACUAGAUGAUCAUGUGAAGGACUGGACUGGAUACAACAUCAGUGCUGCUCAAGUCAAAUACAUUAUUAUUUUAUAUGUGAAAAAGUAUUUUUCCAAUAAGAUGGUUAUAAGGAAAAACAGUAAGUUGACUGACUGUCAAAACUCUCUCUUUCUAUAUUUUAUUACUUCCUUGUGUUGCAUCACAUUUCUAAAGCAAUGCUGUGAGUAUCAGAAUGUAACUACUGAGCCUGUAUUUAUCAAAUUAAUCACAGUGAAAUUUUCAACUUAAAUCAGUGAUAGAAAAUAAACAGACUAAAGAGGAAAGGUAUACUGUACCAAUUCUGAUUGCAUAAACAGAGUUUCUGAGUAUUUGUCGCUGUAAGACAGAAAGCAGCAGUGGUAGACUAGAAUGAUUGACAGAUGCAGCAUAAAACUGCUAACGUAGCCCCCACAAUGUCUAAAAAGCAGGGUAAUGGUGUUUGGGGGAUGUUCUCUCAUGCUCGUUUCCAACAUUUGGGAAGUCCAGUGCUUUGCUGGACCACACAUGAAAAUUCUCAGAACGUUGAUAAAUACAGGCUGAAGUUAAAGGAGCAAAUAAGGAAAACUGAAGUGUUUUUCAUCAUGUCUGACUUCUCCAGCCAUCUCACUAAGGGUUUAGGGUACAACAGUCUAUGUGUUUAUACAGUAUACAGUCAGCUGCAACCAAUGACAACAAUAUACACUCUGACUAUACUUUGACAAAAGUAUUUAGGCUUUCUUAGCUGCACCAGACAAUCACCCCUCCCUCUGUUUUUGUUCUGUGUCUCUUUGCCUUCGACUUCUAGACUGCUGCUUUGACUUUCUCCUAUAAAAGUUUGUGAUAUAGUUUUCAAACCUGCCCUCAACACUUGAAAAGUGCCCAGGAGCUGAUAUACAAAGCAGAAGAGUUCCAAAAAGACUUAGUCCAUAACUGACUAAGAUGAUGAGCAAACUAAAUUUUAAGUUAUUAUUGUUGAAAUGCCCAUACUUUGAAAGUUCAUAAGUUUUUCUUUGUUUCUUGUAAUUGUAACCAAAUUUAGUAUGGUGACUCCAUUUAUUUCAUAGCAAAGUCAGCCACCAAAGCAAAAGCAACAUGUAAUUACAAGAUUGGAUAAGUAGGAGAAAAUGGAUGGUAAUGAUUGAUGAUUAAGUAGUAAAUAUCUGGCAUUUAGGUUUAAUGAAUGGCGCACAUCUGCAUUAACUGCUGACAUCAGAAAAAGACUGUCACAUGAAAUUUUUGAUAAAGACAUACUUGAAAUGAUAAAAUAUCUAAAGAUAUCUGUUUUCCUUAACACUACUUAAAAUAAAUCAGAAAUCACCAUAAAUCUUGUCCCACUUCUGUAGUAUUGUAGGUUAGCGUUGUAUCCAAGUCCCAUUUUUCAUCUGUGUUGUCAUUGCGGUGUCAUUUGUAUUGGGACUCCUUCUUUGUACCAAAACCAUUUUGGGCUUUCUUUGGCAUUAAAACACACAGAAAAUCUAUUGGCCCUUCAAAUCUCUAUUUUUGUAGUGACAACUAAAGCACUUAUUGAUGAAGACUGCGAAUAAGAACAUUCACAAAACAGCACUUUAAAUCAAGCUAUGACUUCCCUCAUUGCUAAUGAAAUGGCCACAAAUUUCAUAACUGCUUGAAAACAAAUCACACAGAAUAUUUGAGAUUUUAAGGAACAAAACCUGCUUAAAUGUGUAUCAGAAGAGCUGCAACACUGUCCCAGUAUGCCAAAAGGUUGAUUUUGUUCAUCUGGACGUUUUCAGUGGGAGAAACGUUUCAUCACUCAUCCAAGUGACUUCUUCAGUCUCAGCUGACUGCAGGUUUCCCAACCUUAUAAACAGUACAUUUGCAUAAUAACUAAAACUAGCACCACUGAUGAACAAUGGGCUGGGAGGUCAGUUCCUUCAUCAUUAAUAUGCAAAUUGUCAUGACCAUUGAUCAACAAAUACUGAUCAAUAACCAUGAGUACCAUUCACAGAGAGUUGGGGAAUGGCUGCAAUCACAGCAUUGUAAGAUGGUGACAGAUGUACCCUUAGGCCCCCUCCUCGAUUCAGUAAAGUCUUAUCUUAUCUUAUCUCUUAUCUUCUCUACUGGAUUGGCUGGAGCUUUCUUUAGGUGCCUUUCCAGCUUUGACAAAAGUCCAUCUGGGAUAACCACAUUUACUCAGGACCUUCUUGAUGUGCUGUUCUUCUGCCUCCCUGGCCGCUGUGUCAGUGGGGAUGGUGUUCGCUCUGUGUUGUAGUGUCCUGAUGACACCCAGUUUAUGCUCCAGUGGAUGAUGAGAGUCAAACUUUAAAUACUGAUCCUUAUGCGUAGGUUUACGGUACACUUCAGCUUUUAGAUGUUCCCCAUUACUGAUAUUCCCCAACUCUCUGUGAAUGGUACUCAUGGCUAUUAGUCAGUGGUCUCUGAUCAGUGGUUGUUAAUCAAUGCUCAUGACAAUUUGCAUAUUAAUGAUCAAGGUACUGACCUCCCAGCCUAUUGUUCAUCAGUGGGCUGGUUUCAGUCAUUGUGCAAAUGUACUGUUUAUAAGAUUUGGGGAAACUUGCAGUCAGCUGAGACUGAAGAAGUCACUUGGAUGAUGACGAAACGUUUCUCCCACUGAAAACGUCCAGAUGAACAAAAUCAACCUUUUGGGAUUUACUUACCUGGAUGAUUGAGCAUGCAUCAAGACUAUCCCAGCAUAUUCAAAACAAAAGAGAACUGUAAAAACGUAUAUGUUAAAACUACAAAAAAUGCUUAUAUGUAUAUCCUUUCAGUCAUAUUGUACAUUACUGCUUAUCUAUUUUCUUAUGACUGUGCAUUGUGUGUGGGUGCGUUCACAAUAGAUGUUUCUUUUAUCUCUCAGAUAACUGUUAUUGCUUCUUUAUCUUAUUUAAGUAAAACAAAGUAUGUUUCAUGUUAAUGUUCACAAUUACACUUACAUUUUUAUACUCUCUGUUCUAUUUAUAUUUCAGUUCUGCUGUGUAUCCCAUUCCUUAAAUGACCUUGUUCUGACAAGGGUUACAACCUUUUCUAAACUUGUGAUUUUUACCUUUUUCCUCCAUGCUGUAGUGAUUCUUUACUUCUGGUGGACUACUUUGUAUGGAUG